CUAAGGUACCCCACAAAACAGCUACCACCUUCUGUGUAAAAAGAUCUUCCUUCCUUCCUUUUAUUUUCAAUCUUAUCUGUGCAAUUAAUCCUUUUCCAUAUCUCUGAUAUGAAUAUGAUAUUAAUAUGUAACUGUUUUCCAUGGCCAAUUAUUAAUUUCUGACUCCAUUAGCAUUCAGCGGCGGUUUCAUUUCUGAAUGAAUGCAGAGUAAUCCAGUAACCGAUAUUUCUACUCUGUUUUCCACGGUUCUGUGAACCAAGUUGGAAACUUUUCGGUGAAUUCAGUGUUGUUUGGUUUAGAGAAGGAAGACUCAGAUGGAUUUUUCUUCGUUCUUGACGUCUCUAGCGACGUCGUUCAUCAUAUUCGUGGUUCUGAUGAUUUUGUUUGCGCUUUUAGCAAGUAGGCCUGGCAACAAUGUCAUUUACUACCCAAACAGGAUCCUCAAAGGUUUGGAACCUUUGGAAGGUGGAGUCAAGUCUCGCAACCCUUUCACUUGGAUCAAGGAAGCUUUAACUUCCUCUGAGAAAGAGGUGGUUGCCAUGUCUGGGGUUGAUACCGCUGUUUACUUUGUCUUCCUUGGCACUGUGUUGGGUAUCCUAGUUUUCUCUGGCAUGAUUCUGCUACCAGUGCUUCUGCCUGUUGCUGUCACGGAUGAUGGUGGGAAUCAAACAACUAGUAAAGGAACUUUUAGUGAACUUGACAAGUUAUCCAUGGCAAACAUCCGGCAAAAGAGUAACCGGUUGUGGGCAUUUUUUAUUUGCUGCUAUUGGGUUUCAAUUGUUUCAUUUAUCCUCUUAUGGAGGGCUUACAAACAUGUGGCGUGGCUGAGAGGUGAAGCUCUUAAGGCCCCUGAUGUGAAGCCUGAACAGUUUGCUGUCGUUGUGAGAGACAUACCUGCUGUUCCCGAAGGCCAGACUCGAAAGGAGCAGGUUGACUCUUAUUUCAAAACCAUCUAUCCUGACACGUUUUACAGGUCAAUGAUUGCAACAGACCACAAAAAGGCAGACAAGAUUUGGGAGGAGUUAGAAGGUUAUAAGAAGAAGCUCGCCCGUGCAGAAGCUGUAUUUGAAAAGUCCAAAACAACUGCCAAACCUGAAGGAACAAGACCUACUAACAGGACUGGUUUACUUGGACUUUGUGGUAGUAAGGUAGACAGCAUAGAAUAUUACAAUGAGAAGAUUAAUGAAACCAUUACCAAGUUGGAAGCCGAGCAAAAGGUUACUCUCAGAGAUAAGCAACAAAAUGCUGCUAUUAUCUUCUUCUCGAACAGGGUUACUGCAGCAUCAGCAGCUCAGAGUUUACAUGCUCAAAUGGUUGACCAUUGGUCUGUGUUUGCUGCUCCUGAACCCCGCCAACUAUUAUGGCCCAAUUUGAAAAUAAAGUAUUUUGAAAGAGAGGUGCGGCAAUAUGUGGUGUAUUUCGUUGUCACACUGACUAUACUCUUUUACAUGAUUCCAAUUGCAUUUAUAUCAGCAUUUACAACCUUGCAAAAUUUGGUGAAACUUCUGCCGUUCAUAAAGCCAAUAGUGCGUCUAAGGGCUUUGAGGACAGUGUUGGAAGCUUACCUACCUCAAAUAGCGUUGAUUGUUUUCUUGGCUUUGUUGCCCAAGCUGCUUCUGAUUUUGUCUAAAAUGGAGGGCAUUCCCACAGAAAGUCAUGCAAUCAGGGCUGCAUCUGGAAAAUACUUCUACUUUACUGUGCUGAAUGUAUUCAUUGGAGUUACUCUAGGUGGAACCUUGUUUGGCACACUAAAAACUAUAGAGAAUAGCCCAAACAAACUUGUGUCCUUGCUAGCUGCAAGCCUUCCAGGCAAUGCUACUUUCUUCUUGACCUAUGUGGCUCUCAAAUUUUUUGUUGGCUAUGGUCUUGAGCUGUCCCGGUUAGUUCCUCUUAUUUUAUUCCAUUUGAAGAAAAAGUAUCUUUGCAAGACCGAUGCGGAGGUGAAAGAGGCUUGGGCUCCUGGAGAUCUUGGUUAUGGGACUAGAGUUCCUGGUGACAUGCUCAUCGUCACAAUCGUUUUCUGCUAUUCUGUGAUUGCUCCUCUGAUAGUCCCAUUUGGUGCUCUGUAUUUUGGCCUCGGAUGGCUUAUACUAAGAAAUCAGGCUCUAAAAGUGUAUGUUCCAUCGUAUGAAAGCAAUGGAAGGAUGUGGCCGCACAUACACAACCGCAUACUAGCAUCUUUGAUUCUAUACCAAGUUACCAUGCUUGGUUACUUUGGGGUGCAGAAGUUCUACUACGCACCGUUCUUAAUACCUCUUCCAUUACUGUCAAUACUCUUUGGGUUUGUAUGCGCAAAGAAAUUCUAUCCAGCUUUUGAGCGGCCAACGCUCGAGGUUGCAGCCAAUGGUUUGAAGGAUGCUCCCAACAUGGACUUGAUCUUCAGAGCUUUCAUUCCACCAAGCUUGAGUUCUGAGAAGAUUGAUGAUGAGAACUUUGAAGAUGCAAGGUCUAACGUUUGAGGCAGUUGUCUGAAUUUCCACUGCUAGUUGUACUAUUCUAGUGUUGAUAUGUUUAGAUAUUGUUCAUAAUACAUUUUAGGAAUCAGGUUUGAGGUUCUUUGGGUCUCACAUAUCUGCUUUUGUAACAUUGACGUUUGUGCAUAGCUUUUCUGAAUACAAAUUUGGAGUUUGUCUUUGUUGUUGCAGCGAGAA